AACAGGGUGUCUGCAGAGGUGCUUCGGCCUUUCCCCACCAUCAGUUUUCCCACUCAACAUCAUCUGCCUCUUGUUUCCAAGGUGCAUCUCCCACUGUUCUUUGUGUAGUUCCACGUGUCUUGGUAUGGUAUGUGCUGAAUAUGAAAGUUUUCCUUGAGAUGAACAGGUCUCCUUUUGAGAACAGCUACCUACUAACCUGAGAACUUUCUUGAGGCACCAUGGAUGACCCUCCAGAAAGCUGUGGUGACAUUCCUGCAGACUAUUACUUCCUCUGUAGCCUGUCAGACAAGUGGGGCAUCGUUGUGGAAUGCUUCGCCACCGCUGGGGUUGUUGUCACAGUCAUCCUCCUGCUGGUCCUCCUUUCCUUGGUCUGUAAAGUCCAGGACAACACAAAACGAAGCCUGAUCCCCAUCCAGUUCCUCUUCCUUCUGGGCACUCUAGGAAUCUUUGGCCUCACCUUCGCCUUCAUCAUCAGCCUCAACAGCGCCACUGCCCCCACCCGCUUUUUCCUUUUUGGGGUCCUCUUCGCCCUCUGCUUUGCGUGUCUCCUGGCCCAUGCCUGUGACCUAGUCAGGCUGGUGAGGGGAAGAUGCCCACUGAAAGGGUGGCUAUUGGUGGUAAUCGCUGUCAGCCUGACCAUUGUGCAAGUGAUUAUAGCCAUCCAGUAUGUAGCCAUCAAUAAGGCUCAGCUAGGCACUCUGACAGGGAGAGAUGGGCUGCCUGAAGGAAGUCGUAAGGACUUUGUCUUACUUCUCAUCUACGUGCUUUUCCUGAUGGCCCUCCUCUUUGUCGUUUCCCUGUUUGCUUUCUGCGGGUCGUACCGAAGGUGGAAAAGGCACGGGGUGCACACAUGCCUCACUGCCUUGUUCUCCAUAGGUAUCUGGGUGGCCUGGAUCACGAUGCUGCUGAAAGGCAAUGAACUUGUAGGGAAACAACCACAGUGGGACGAUCCUGUUAUCAGUAUUGCCUUGGUGGCAAACGGAUGGGUCUUCCUGAGCUUGUAUGCGGUGCCUGAGCUCUGCUUCCUCACUGCUCCACAAAAGCCUGGGGACUAUCCAGUAGAGAACAGUUUCUGCCAACCUAAAGUCAUGAAGAAGACCUUCGGAGUAGAGAAUCGCGCCUACGCUCAGGACAACACGCACAUUCCAGAAGAAAGUAGAGAUCAUCCAUAUGUUCCACAUUUCCAGCUGAAGAACCUUGAGCCCCAACAGGAUUUCUCUAUCCCACGGCCUCAAACCCGGCCCAGCCCAUACCAAGGAUAUUCAGGAGGGAAAGGUGUCAAGUAACAGCUCCACUAUGUACACCAAAGAAGCAAAAUGGAGUCAGUCGGGGGGCUGGAAGCCACUGCAGAUAUGCCAACGCUUCAUCUUUACUAAAUCAGGAGAGUAGCUCAGCAGUACAGCGGACGAAAGAAGAUGGAUUUCUUUUUCUCCUGCCUACUUUUUAAACUUUUCUCUGCACAUGCCGCACUUUAUAUGUCUUCACUCCUCAGAUUCCUUCACUUAAGGACUCUCCCCGGCCUUCCCUGAUGAUGUUCUCCCCUCACACAGUUAUGACUGGGUGUUCCCUGCCAUUGCACCCUUGCUGGUACUUUCCCCCUCCGCCAUCCACAUGUUGGGGGGAAAGUCUGUGACUGGGAGCUUGCUCUACAAAUGUAGGUUCUGUGUGGGGUUGAAACCCUGAUCAUCAGGCCUGGGUGUGAUUCAUGUGGGUAAACUCUGUGUGUAGUGUCAUGUCCUCACUUCAGACCUGUGUAUAUCAAGAACGCAGUGGAGGAGGUGGUCGGCACAAACUCACUCUCCUUCUCACGCAACUGUAAUUGUAUAAGGGGGUUAUAACCAGAUACUUUUAAUGACUUCUCUCAGCUCCAUUGAAGCUUCUUUACCUCAGCUAUGUUUAUUUUUGCUGACCAUGGGUUGGCCUCAGGAAUUGCCUUUCAUUAAUGGAAGGACUUUGCUCAAGGAAGGUGCCCUUAUCCAGUUCCCAGGUCUCUACCUUUCCCCACACCAUGGAUCGCCCCAUGACCCUGCCCAUUCCAUCCCAACCUUCUGUGCAACAUUUUCUCUGCUGGAGGAGGGGUGGGAAAUCUGUCUUUGCCAGCCCAGUUGCACAGACCUAAAUCAGAUCCAACCCAAAAGCUACCAGCAUGAAGAAGACCUCCAACACCAUCGUGCAGCUUGCUAAACAGAACAGGAGUAAAGAGCAGUGUGAACAUGUUUGGCCCAGGCCACAACUCUGCAUUUACUUGUUUUUCUGUUUCUGAAUAACUGCAAUUAGCAAGAGCAAUCAAGAGGAGUUAAUGUAUAGAUGUCCCCUCUGUGUUUGCCUAGCAGUUCUGACUAGAAUCUGGAGCAGUUCUGAGCCAGCUUUUUAUUUAACAAGCACAUUCUGUCUGGUCGGGCAGCCAUGAAAGAUUCUGGUAGGCCUUCAGUGAAGCACUUGCUUGAUGCUAGUGGUGUAAUAAAGCUCUUUCUUCUCAUUUCAUUGAGUCCCUCACAAUAAGUUCCUUCUGACUCCUACUAGUGCCUCUGCUUAAUCUGAUUAGAUUAUUUUAUGUACUUACAACACUGUUUCCCUCAAAUCCUACAAGUUUUCCUAGUUGCUGUUGUAGAAGUGGUCCAAGGCAACUUUUUGUUUUGCUUUGUUUAAAAGGAAGUCCUAAUAUUGUUAAAUACAAAGCCUUCAAACUGUUUAUUUUUAAAAAGGGGAGAAAAUGAGGAUGGGAGAAGGUUUGUGUUUGAAGUAAAUUUAAGUGGCGCAUUUCUUCAAUGUUGAAAUUGGUUUCUCAGUAGAUGCAUUGCCAUCCCAUCCCAUCCCAUCCCAUCAGUAACUGCACAGAAACAAACAAGGUCUGUAGCAAGAGGAGUCCUUCAGUACUUUGCUCCCAUUCCUUGACGUAAUUUGAAGGGAUUCCAGUGCCUUUUGUUCCAUCAUCCAUUCAUUGAUGGGACUGGAUUUUGUGCAAAUAGGUUUCAGCUCCUGAAAAUGUACAACUCCCUCCAAGUACAUAUGUUCAUGCUUUAGCCUAUGGAGUAAAAUGUGAAUUUUAGGGGUUUUAAAAAGAUUUUUUCGAUACCUAAAAUUGUGUCAAAUUAUGGCAAAUAGGAAACAAAAAGAAAAGUCUGCAGGGCUGUAUGAUUCAGGGAAAACCCAUCUGCUACAGACUGUGCAGGUCAGACUUUUAGAAAUUCAAGUAUGUUUGAGUCUGUUCCUUAUUUCCCUGAUGUCCCCAGUCUCUUGUCUGGGAGCUGUGGUCCCAAUAUGCCCAGGGGCACCACACCUGGAAGACUGAGGUAGCGCAGGGAAGGGGAGGCAGGUUCAGGAGGGCGCAGGAGGGAUACCAUGGAAGCCACUGUGCUUGCAGUCCUGUGCUACUUACCUGGGAGUAAGUCUCACUGAACUUUAUGAGACCUUGGAGGAGUCAUUGUAACUGACUCUUUUGCCAGGGUCCCUUAAAAAGCAUCUCAGGAUAAAGCUUAGCUGGGGAAGAACACAGAGCAGCAAUAUAAAGAUCACUAAUGCUUCUUGCAGAUUGGUUCAGAAAUUAGGGAAAAUAGGGACUUUCACAGUGAGCACAAGAAAAAUAAAGUGUCAUCCAAUGAACCUUUGGCUCUUUUACAUUCCAUUGAUUCUAAUAGGUGAUAUAGGCAUGUGUCUACAUUUCUCCCACUGAAAUAAAAUGGAAAUCCAAGUGCAUAGUUGUAGCUGGAUAUUGCCCUUAAACCUGUGGGGCCUAAGGCUGUUUUGCUUAUGUGCUUGUAAAUGUAUUAAUGUAUUUAUUUGUUUAUUUCUCAUACUAAACUGAGUACACGCUCAGCAUUUAAUAAAUGAUUAAUGUAUGUGUU